AGAUCUUUUGGCUUCUAAAUCUCAUCCUCGGAAACGAGAUCUGCCGCUGAACUGAAACGAGAUCUGCCGCUGCUGCUGCUGUGUUCAGAUCUGCCACCAGCCCGGCGUUGCUCACCACCAGCUGCUGCUGCUGUGCUGUGCUCAGAUCUGCAGAGAAAUCCUCGCAUUCUUGGCAGCGCCGCUUUCAGGCCUCUCCGUGCCGCCGCCCUUGCCGGCUUGCUCAACCUUCUUUUGAUGCGCCGCCGCCCUCCCAGACUCGCCCAGCCUUCCCCGUCGCCUCGCCUUCCAUCAUCCGGCUGCUCUGCGUAAGGCUGAACGCUCAAGCGCCGAGUUUCCGAUGGCUACGACGGCAGAGUUCUCCGGCAAUGUUUCUCCACGAACAUCGGGCGCGUCUCCCCAGCAGCGUCCCCCGAAUGCUCUUUCUCCCCAGAAGUUCCCUCACCCUGCUGCUCUUCGUGAGGCUGAAGACUCCAGCGCCGAUUUUCGGGUUGCUGCGCCGAUUGCUUCCGCUCCGACAUCAGACAGAGGAGCCCUCAAUCUCCCCUUGAUUUCUGCAAAUUUUGAACAACAUUUCAAACCCUCGAAUGGGGUUUCUAAGCAAAACUUUCAAGUUAAUCUCAGGAGCACGGUGGAUGUCCCUGCUGCACCUGUUUCUGUGAAUUCGACUGAACAACAGAACGUUUCAUACGCUCGGAUUACUGCCCCUCCAACGGUUCGACAGCCGGAUUUACCAGCGCAUAAUUUUCGUGCCCUCCGUCCGGUUAGGCAUGGUGAUCAAGGCGAUAAGCCGAGGCAAUCUCGUGAGUUAAAGGCGGAACUUCAAUCGCUUUGGAAAAUUUCUUCUCCCUGGCACUUGAUGCCUAUGGGAAAGGGUUACUAUACUCUUAGAUUUCAGUCGCAAGAGGAUAAAGCCACUGCCAAAGCUAAUCUUUUAUGGAAUUUAUCUGUUGGAUCGCUUCGGUUACGUGAUUGGGUACGUUACUUUAAUCCCUACAAGGAAUCUUCUUCUCUCGCUCAGGUGUGGGUUCGGAUUUAUUAUUUGCCUGUGGAGUUUUGGCAUCCUGAAAUUAUUUCGGGUAUUGGAAGUUGGCUUGGACAGCCGUUGAAAAUUGAUGGAAAUUCUAUGACUGAAGAUGUAGGACACUUUGUGCGUAUGUUGGUUGAAAUUGAUUUGGCACAGCUUUUGCCGAUGACGCUUAAUAUUGAUGGAGGGGACAACGAGUUUUCAGUGGAGUUCAGUUAUGAAUAUAUACCUAUUUUUUGUCAUCGAUGCAAGAUUACGGACCGGAAUGGUACGCUAUCGGGAAGGCGGUGGUACAAGCUUCGGUGUUGAAUAACACUAAGGCUUUGGAAGCGGUAGAUAAUAAUGACUCUUCGGAUCAUUUGCAAGUUACAUCUGUUAAAGCUGUUGAGGUGAAGUCUGCUCUGACGGAGCGUGCUCAAGUUGAGCAGACCACGGGAGAGCAGAAGUCUGGGAAUUCCUUUGCCCCUUUGGUGACGACGGAGCAAUCAAGCGAGAUGGCUGACCUAACAGUUUACGGGCCGGAUACGGCUGUUUUGAAGCAGAUUAUUCAGCCAGCUAAUAGUGACGAGGAGGUGGACGAGGAUCUUGAGAUGGAGACCCCGUCUGGGAAGAAUGUUAAAGACUCUCCUACUCCAGAUUUUGCAAGUCGUAUUAAUCGGUUAGAGGAGCAGGUUAACCAGGGAAUACAAUUUCUUGUUGACCAAGCACCGCCUAAACGACGGGGACGUCCUCCAAAGGGUAUGGAGCGCCCGCGCGUCCAACAACCUUUGGAAGAUAGCAUAAAGAAUCGACUCCGUCAUGCGGAGGAAAUGGGUUAUAAGCCGAGGGAGUUUGUUAUAGAUAAUAGCAGAAGUGCUAGUAUCUGUGCUAUGAAUAAUAUCUCCAAAGGACGUUGGUCGGAUGAAAUGGAGAUGGACGACUUCUGCAACAACAUGGAUCAUUCUUGAGAUUGAGUUUCUGUACGCUGAAGUUUUAGGCUUCUUGCGUUUCCUCUUUUUUGUUUUUUUCUUUCUUUUGACAAGCUCCUUCUCGAGCCUCGGGCACCUUGUUUGCGUACUUGUGCUUUCACUGGUUUUUCCUUUAUCUUUUUAAUUAAACUACAAUUUAAUAAUUUCAUUCAAAUUUUAUUGCAUUGAUAAAAUUUUAAAUAACUACUUAAAUUUAAAUUUUCACGAAUGGCUUAAAAAACAAACUAUGUAUAAUUAAAUUUCAUAAUUAAUAGGAUUAGUUAAUAAUUAGAAAAUAUUCUAAAUCCGAUGUAAGUAUAAUUAAAUUAUUAGAAAUAUAAGAGAAUAAUUAUUAUAGAUAUACGUGUGUACAUUAACACUAUAUAUAUUAACAUAAAUAUAGUUUAGUAUUAAUAAUAUUUUAUUAAAAAAACAGAUUCAAAAUACUCUCUCUCCUCUCCUCUCUCUCCUGCAACUCUCUCUCUUCUGUAAAUAUUUCUCUCGUCUUCUGCCCCCCAAUCCCUACCAGCACCAGAACCAGAGAACCGCCAAUUCCUCCGCCACCGGUCUUCCUUCCCCCACAACCGCCGUCGCCGGUCUUCCUCCACCAACAACAGUCGUCGGUCUUUCUUGGAGAACCAGAAAAUCAAAAAAUCGAAUACCAGCAAAAUCAAAAAUCAAAAAUCGAGACCGGUCUUCAUCCGCCGCCAGUUUUCCUCCACCAACAACAUUCGUCGGUCUUUAUUCGAGAACCAGCAAAAUCAAAAAUCGAAAAAUUGAAUACCAAUAUUCUCAGCCAUCGGAGAGGCAAGUCGCCGCAACCACGGCCGCCUCGGAUUUCAAGCCCCAAGCCUCCUGAACCCUAGAUCUGCAACCUCCCCACAACCGCCGCCGCCUCCAAUUUCAAGCCCCAAUUCCAGAAGCGACCGCGCUGAGAAGGGAUGAAGAGAGAGUCAGGCGAAGGGAGGCGGCGCCGACGUCUAAGCGCCGGCCUCGCCGGAGUUCAGAGAGAGAGCCGACGAAUUUUUGGAGAAGGAGAUAAUUUUUUCUUCUGUGUUUU